AUGGAAAUGGAGUUCAUGGCUGAAUUCACGGAGGGUAUGAGUCGUGAUCGAGCCCGCCAAAUCAUUAGAGGUAAACGAACAAAACGUAAUCGGCCUUGUUCGCCUUUUGGGAUUUCCACCACCUCCGGCAACAGUGACUGUUUGAUUAAUAACUUUACACCUGAUCACUCGCCGGUGAUGUCAUCUGAGAUGUCAACGGAGGAAGACGAAGACAUGGCGAAUUGUUUGAUUAUGUUGGCUCAAAGUGUAUCUCCGGUCAAGGAGGAAAAAUCCGAUCAGAUUCGUCAGAAAACUGAGAAGUUAAGUAGUCGGAGAUUUACAGAGAUGGCGGUUUCUUCCGCCGGUGGAAAAGCUGGUUUCUAUGUCUAUGAGUGCAAAACGUGUAAUCGUACGUUUCCGUCGUUUCAAGCUUUAGGUGGACACAGAGCAAGUCAUAAGAAGCCGAAGGUUAACGUAGAAGAGAAGAAAUCUGGUUUGGUUAAUAUUCAACCGCCAUUGAUGGAAUAUUCUGAUGAAGAUCAACACAAAGUCGUGGUAGAAGACGAAGAAAACAAGAACAGCUUGAUCAUCAGUAAUAACGUCCAGAAAUCUCCUUCAUCUUCACCGGGUUUGAUUCAAACAGGAAUUAUUAAUAACAACACCAGAGGAAAAGUUCAUGAAUGUUCAAUAUGUGGAUCGGAGUUCUUAUCCGGCCAAGCUCUCGGCGGUCACAUGAGAAAACACCGGCCAACUCCACCGGCGAUCAACAGAAGUACUGGAAUCUCAACAAACACCGACGACAGCAGUACUGAUAAUCAUAUCAUUGAAAAUUCUCCGGUGGGUAACAGUAGUAUGUUAUCGUUGGAUCUUAACCUUCCGCCACCGGAGGUGGCUGACGACGUUCAAUCACAAUUUCAGUUUACUGCGAGUUCUUCACAACAACAUCUAGUUUUCUCUGCUCCAGCUUUAGUAGAUUGCCAUUACUGA